CUUCAAACAUGGUAAAUGCAGAUGAGCAAAAUCCAGCUGACAGAUCUUUAUUGCUACCGCGGAUCACUGAAACUUGCUCAAAACAUGUGCACCAACGUCUGCAGUGGCGCUUGCUAAGCUUUCUCUCUUCUGCAACACUGCAACACUGCAACACGCACACAAUGCCUCUAUAAUCUCUCACUCGUUUUUAUUGACAAUGUUUCCAAUUUGCAUUACUUUAUUUUCCACAAGUUAUAUAGAUGCCUUUUUAUGUAUUAAACAAAAAAGAAAGAAAAAAGAAAAAAGAAAGAUAUAUAUAUAUAUAUAUAUAUUAGCAGCUAGCUAUGUAUAUAUAAUAUAUAUGUACACAAACUUGCAUGUAAAAACUAUUCCCUUUUUAUUUUGUGGUCAGAAUAAUCUGCCCCAGCCACCGUUUUCAUUACAAGAAGAUACUCACUCUCACUCACUCUCUCUCUCUCUCUCUCUCUCUCUCUCUCUCUCUCUCUCUCACACACACACACACACACACACAAACGCUCGACAGUCUCUGAUUAAAAAACAAUUUUCCUCUUGAUCUCUUGUCGACAUUGUUCGAGCAUCAACCCCACCAUUUCUCUGUUACUAUAAUUAAUCCAAGUUCUUGCAUGUUUUUUAUUAUUAUUUUUUAAUUUUUAUGAAAAAAACAAACAAAACCUUUCUCUAUAAGAGCACACAAACAACCAUAUCAUUCUUCCUCUCCAUCUCUCUCUCUCUCUCUCUCUCUCUCUCUCUCUCUCUCUCUAACCUCCCCAUGAAAAAACCACAAAUUAAGCCUUCCUCCACCCAAUUCUCACUAUAAACAACAAAACCCAUCUCCUCAUUUUGGAGAAAAUAAAGCCAGAAAACCAGUAACCAUGAUCACUGGCAAGGACAUAUACGAUGUUUUUGCAGCCAUAGUCCCUUUAUACGUGGCUAUGAUCUUAGCCUACGGUUCCGUCCGGUGGUGGAAAAUCUUCACCCCGGACCAAUGCUCCGGCAUAAAUCGCUUCGUGGCCGUUUUCGCCGUCCCAUUGCUCUCCUUCCACUUCAUCUCCUCCAACGACCCUUACGCCAUGAACUACCAGUUUAUCCUCGCCGACUCCCUCCAAAAAGUCGUCAUCCUCACCGCCCUCUUCCUUUGGCAAGCCUUCUCCAAACGCGGCAACCUCGAGUGGAUGAUCACGCUUUUCUCCCUCUCCACCCUCCCCAACACCCUCGUCAUGGGCAUCCCGCUGCUCAAAGCCAUGUACGGCGACUUCUCCGGCACCUUGAUGGUUCAGAUUGUUGUUUUGCAGAGCGUGAUCUGGUACACUCUCAUGCUCUUCAUGUUCGAGUACCGCGGCGCCAAGCUCUUGAUCUCCGAGCAGUUCCCGGAGACUGCAGCUUCGAUCACGUCGUUCAGAGUUGACUCCGACGUUGUUUCACUCAACGGCCGAGAGCCGCUGCAAACAGACGCGGAGAUCGGCGACGACGGGAAGCUUCACGUGGUGGUGAAGCGGUCCAGUGCUUCGUCUAUGGUGUCGUCCUUCAACAAGUCACACGGGUUGAACUCGCUGACUUCGAUGACCCCGCGGGCUUCGAAUCUCACGGGAGUGGAGAUUUACUCGGUGCAGUCCUCCCGUGAACCGACGCCGCGGGCGUCCAGCUUCAACCAAACGGAUUUUUACGCCAUGUUUAAUGCCAGCAAGGCCCCGAGCCCCAAGCACGGCUACACAAACAGUUUCCAAGGUGGAUUCGGGGACGUUUAUUCAGUGCAGUCUUCGAAAGGGGUGACGCCGAGGACUUCAAAUUUUGAUGAGGAGGCGUUGAAGAUGAGUACUAGUAAUAAGAAGAGGGGGGCGAGGAGUAUGAGCGGUGAGAUCUUCAAUGGUGGUAUGGUCUCUUCGUACCCUCCUCCAAACCCGAUGUUUUCCGGGUCUACCAGUGGUGGGCCGAAGAAGAAAGACAGUGGAGGUGGCGGUGGAGGCGGUGGUGGUGGUAGUGGUGGGGCAGCGCCUAAUAAAGAGCUUCACAUGUUUGUUUGGAGUUCGAGUGCAUCGCCAGUUUCUGAAGGGAAUCUUAGACAUGCAGUAAAUCGAGCUGCUUCCACUGACUUUGGGGUAAUUGAUCCUUCCAAGGCUGCAGCUCUUCAUCAACAUGAAACUGCUGCUUCAAAAGGUAUGCAUGAGUUAAUUGAGAAUAUGAGUCCUGGGAGGAAAAUGAGUGGAGAUAGGGAGCUUGAGACAGAAGAAGGAUCCAAGUUUCCACCAAGUGCUUCGCCGUACAGUAGUUGCCAGAAGAAGGUGGACAUGGAAGGAGGUGUAGCCAAGAAGCACCAAAUGCCUCCUGCCAGUGUCAUGACUAGACUUAUACUCAUCAUGGUCUGGAGAAAGCUCAUUAGAAACCCCAACACCUACUCCAGCCUUCUUGGCGUGGCCUGGUCUCUCAUAUCAUACAAGUGGCACAUCAAAAUGCCAACAAUUGUAAGUGGAUCCAUAUCAAUCUUAUCUGAUGCUGGUUUGGGAAUGGCUAUGUUCAGUCUCGGAUUAUUCAUGGCUUUACAACCAAAGAUCAUAGCUUGUGGAAAAUCUGUUGCAACAUUUGCAAUGGCUGUUAGGUUUUUAACAGGCCCAGCAGUGAUUGCUGCAACCUCUAUUGCUGUUGGUCUUCGGGGAGUUCUUUUACAUGUUGCAAUAGUUCAGGCUGCUCUUCCUCAAGGCAUUGUUCCCUUUGUAUUUGCCAAGGAAUACAAUGUCCACGCAGACAUACUUAGCACUGCGGUCAUUUUUGGAAUGCUGGUUGCCUUGCCCAUAACAAUUCUCUAUUAUUUUCUUCUUGGGCUUUAGUUUCUAUAUUUCCAAGUCAGGCUUAGGUGGAUGAUCAAAUGCAUGCCAUUGGAUUCAGUGUUCAACAAAUUAUUUAAUUUUGCUCCUUCAUGUUAGUAUUAUAUUAUUUUGUUAUCUUACUGAUUAGAUAGAAAUUCAGCAAUAGAUUAGAGCUUAUAAAUCUAGAGAAGGAUUUUUAUUUUCAUUUUUAUAACUUUCUUUUUUC